UGUGGUGGGGGGGAGAGAGAAAAAGAGCGAGAAACGGAGAAAGAAAGGGAUCCGGGCUGCAGUUUGCUUUGGAUGCGAGCAGAGACGGAGGAGCGCGUAUUCCGCUCCGGAUUGACCAUCUCCGUGUAGUUUCUCCCCCCGCGUGGAUAUCUCUGUGUGUUGGGAUUUUAAGAAACAGAAGUCCACUGACAUCUCAAGAAGGAGACAAGGAUUGUGAAUUGUGCUGCAUUUUCUUUCUUUCUUUCUUUCUUCUUCUUUUUCUUCUUCUUCUUGGGAUUAAAUCGCAGUGAAGAGCCUCAUGCGCUCCGCGCCGGUGGAGAAAGUAGAUGCGAGGUUUCUGAAAGUCGGGAACUGUUUCAGACUGCGAGCUGCCGCGUCGGGUUGAAGGCUCCCCUCUCUCUGGAUUAAUGCUGCAGGGCGCUUUAUGUUAUGUUACCAUGUAUUCUACUUUUUCUUUUCGUUUGUAGCCAGCGCACGAGCAGUCCGCUCCGCGGCGAUCCUGGGUAAACCGGCCACCGUCCGGCUUUUUGCUGAAUGAGCGCCGUGCGUUUUAAUCCCGGGUUAUGUUUGUUGUAGUUGCAACAAAAUCUCCCUCUCUCUCUAAUGUUGCGAUCUGACCAUCAGUACUCAGUCGGCUGUGCAUGUGCUGCACGGCAUUUGACCGUCAUUAAUGUUUUGCAACGACCGGAGAAGUAUCUGUAACAUUCGGAUAUCCGUACAACAAUAGUAAUAAUAAUAAUAAUAAUAAAAAAAACCUCAUAUAGAUUGUCAAGUUGUCGUAUGUUCAGGACGAAACGCUCAGGUCUUGUGCGGCGACUCUGGAGAAGCCGUUUGAUCCCAGAUAAAGAAGGGGAAGAUGGAAAUGGCAAAAGUAGUGAGGGCUGCAGGGACGAUCUGUUCGGCAACAACCCUGAAAAAAUUCCCAAAACGGAGUUCAGACCGAUGACCCCGAGCGGGUCUCUCGUCGGGGGGGCGGGGGGUGUGUGCCCCGCGGAAGGCGGCGGCGGCGGCGGCGGCGGCCUGGGGGUCACCUCGGACCAGGAUGGGGGCGCGGGGUGCGUCCCGCAGCAGGGCAGCCCCCGCUCCGUGCGGGACAGCGAGUGCAGGACGGUGACGUGCUGCCUGUUCAAGGAGCGGGACCACCCGGAGCUCCGGGCUCCGGACGCGGCUCAGGGCGCCCGGGACCCGGGCUCGUGCCACUUCGUGCUCAGGAGCCUCGCGGCGGGGGACGGCGGCUCUCCCGAGGCGCGCGAGGCGGCGAUGCCGCGCGCGGUGCUGGAGCAGGAACUGAAAUCGGCCACCUACUCUCUGCUGAAGCGGCUGAAGGAGAGGGCGCUGGAUACCUUACUGGAGGCCGUGGAAUCCAGGGGAGGAAUGCCGAGCGACUGUGUUAUGGUUUCCCGGACAGAGCUGCGGCUGGGCGGCCAUGUGGCAUCCCCGCAGCUGCUCGUGUGUAAACUGUACCGCUGGUCUGACCUCCAGCACUCGGCCCAGCUCAAACCGCUCUGUGAGUGUAAGAGCUUCGGGGCCCUGGACGGCCCGACAGUAUGCUGCAACCCCUAUCACUACAGCCGGCUCUGUGGGCCAGAGUCACCCCCACCCCCUUAUUCGAGGCUUUCCCCUAAUGAAGAACACAAGCCACUGGAUCUGUCAGACUCCACAUUGUCUUACACUGAAACUGAGGCGGCCAGCUCACCAAACAUCACGCCGGGGGAAUUUUCAGAUGCCAGUAUGUCUCCCGAUGCCCCCAAGCAGAGCCACUGGUGCAACGUGGCGUACUGGGAGCACCGUACCCGUGUGGGCCGCCUCUACACAGUGUAUGAGCACUCCGUCAGCAUCUUCUACGAUCUACCUCAGGGCACGGGCUUCUGCCUGGGCCAGCUCAACCUGGAACACCGCAGCAGCACCGUUCAGCGCACGCGAGGCAAAAUCGGCUACGGUAUCCUCCUCAGCAAAGAGCCCGACGGCGUUUGGGCGUACAACCGCAGCGAGCACCCCAUAUUCGUCAACUCCCCGACUCUGGAUGUGCCUAACAGCAGGACUCUGGUGGUGCGGAAGGUGAUGCCAGGAUACUCCAUCAAGGUGUUUGACUAUGAGCGCUCGUGUCUCCUGAGGCACGCCACCGACACGGACCUCCUGGACGGACCCUACGACCCCAACAGCGUGCGCAUCAGCUUUGCUAAAGGCUGGGGCCCCUGCUACUCAAGACAGUUCAUAACCUCCUGCCCCUGCUGGCUGGAGAUUCUCCUCAACAACCAUAGAUAACACAGACGGACCCCACAAACUAUCCCAAAUAUCAUCUACCUAGAUUUAAUAUAAAGUUUUAUAUAUUAUAUGAAAUAUAUAUUAUACUUGUAAAUACGGAGUCAUUUUUACAAUGUAAUUAUUUAUGUAUGGUGCAAUGUGUAUAUGGUCAAGA